GUGCGCGCGCGCGCUUUUAAAGAGGAAAACUUUACGCUUGUUCAUGUUUAGCUUCAGUUCUUGUGCGCUCUGGUUCUGCGUCCAGCUUCCUUCUGACUUCUUUUGCGCGGAUGCUGGAAGAAGAUGCGCGUCAACAUCAACACCACCAUCAUGACGGAGCGAGUGUCCGCAUCUUCCUGAAUUCCAUUCCUUAAGCGUGUUUACGCGUGUGUUGUGUUGUGUGUGUGUUGUGUUUACGUUUGGAUGCGAUCUACGCUCCUUCUGAGAGACGAUGCCUGCCGCACUUGGCUCUCUCCCUCGCUCUCUCUCGCUCAGGCUUGUUUUUUUGUGCGUCUCGUUGCCGCGUUUGGCCGACGCUCUUCCGGACUCCCUCGCGCGUCUCUCCGCGCCACCUGUCCACGGCUCGGGCUUCGCACCUGUACGGAGGACCGGCGGCUUAGUGCGCGCCAUCGACCGGCUGUAUCACGGAGGCGGCAGGGUGGGAUACCUCGUGUAUUUGGACGGUCGCCGGUUUCAGCUGGACCUGGAGCGGGACGAGUCGGUGAUGUCGCGUCGGUUUGGUGACCCCAGCCUAAGGGGGGAGGAAAUUCCUCGGCGUGGCUGCUUAUACCGGGGGACUGUAGACUCCGAUGCGGAAUCGUUGGCGGUCUUUGACACGUGCAUGGGUGGACUGGAUGGAUUUUUCGCCGUGAAGCAUGACCGCUACACAGUCAGACCCGCCGGAGCGCACGAGAGCGACGCAGAGCGCACGCCGCACUAUUACACCCGGGAGAGCUUCAGCUUCGAGGCCGUGCCGACGGAGCACCAAAGCUGCGGCACGCGUGAGCGGAGACGAAGAAGGACGGGUGAAGCGCGCGACGCGCACGGCGCGCACGGCAGGAGGGUUUGGGCGCGACCGCAAACGAUGCGCAGAAGGAGGUCGGUGUCACGCGCGCGGCACGUGGAGCUGCUGCUGGUGGCGGACGAUUCCAUGGCCAAGAAGUACGGCAAAGAUUUACAGCACUACCUGCUGACCCUGGCGUCGAUCGCGUCGCGGCUGUACGGCCACGCCAGCAUCGAGAACCCGAUCCGUCUGUCCGUGGUGAAGGUCACGGUGCUGGCAGAGAACGAGAAAGGUCUGGAUGUGUCCAAGAACGCUGCAGCGACUCUCAAGAGCUUCUGCAAGUGGCAGAACCAGCAGAACCCCCUGGAUGAUGACCAUCAGCACCAUCAUGACGCGGCCAUACUCUUCACCAGGCAGGACCUCUGCGGACAUCACUCGUGUGAUACACUGGGCAUGGCUGAUGUGGGGACGGUGUGUUCCCCGGAGAGGAGCUGUGCCGUGAUCGAAGAUGAUGGCCUGCAUGCUGCCUUCACUGUCGCACACGAAAUUGGGCACCUUCUAGGCUUGUCUCAUGAUGACUCAAAGUUCUGUGAGGAGAGAUAUGGUUCCACAGAGGACAAGCGACUCAUGUCUUCUAUCCUGACCUCCAUUGACGCCUCCAAACCCUGGAGCCGCUGCACCUCAGCCACCAUCACCGACUUCUUUGAUGAUGGAAAUGCGGAGUGUUUGCUCGACACGCCACACAGUCCUUUGCUCAGUCCUGAGGAACUUCCUGGUCAGAGUUAUGAUGCUAUGCGUCAAUGCCAGCUAGCCUUUGGACCUGAGUAUUCAGUGUGCCCAGGCAUGGAUGUGUGCGCUCGUCUGUGGUGUGCUGUAAUCAGGAAGGGCCAGAUGGUGUGUUUGACCAAGAAGCUUCCAGCAGCAGAGGGCACCCAGUGUGGCAAGGGCAGGAUAUGUCUGCAUGGGAAGUGUGUCGACAAGACCCGCAAGAGGCACUAUUCGACCUCUAACCAUGGUAGCUGGAGUUCCUGGGGGCCGUGGGGUGCAUGCUCUCGGACAUGCGGAGGGGGCGUGCAGUUCACACAGCGUCUCUGCAACAACCCCCCUCCUCGCAACAAUGGACGAUACUGCACAGGAAAGAGAGCCAUCUACAGGUCCUGUAACGUCACCCCGUGCCCCACGCGAAAUAAGAAUUUUAGACAGGAACAGUGUGAGGCGAGGAACGGGCCUCAGACAGACCCUAAAGGAGUGAAGACCUUUGUCGAGUGGGUGCCCAAGUACGCCGGUGUGUUACCCAAGGACAUGUGCAAGUUAACCUGUAGAGCCAAAGGCACGGGCUACUAUGUCGUGUUCUCACAAAGGGUGAUAGAUGGGACGGAGUGCAGGCCCUACAGCAGCUCGGUGUGUGUGAAAGGCAAGUGUGUGCGCACUGGCUGCGAUGGCAUAAUAGGAUCCAAGCUACAUUACGACAAAUGUGGCAUCUGCGGCGGUGACGGCACAGGCUGCGUAAAAGUGGCUGGCAACUUCACAAAAAAGAGUAAGGGAUAUACAGAUGUUGUGAAGAUCCCAGAGGGCUCAACUCACAUUAAGGUCCGUCAGUACAAGCCAAAAGGUGAGACUCAAUUUAGCGCCUACCUGGCCAUGCGUCGGCCUGGUGGAGAGUACCUUCUCAAUGGCAAGUUCAUGAUCUCCACCUCAGAAACCAUCAUCCCCCUGAACGGCACCAUGCUCAACUACAGCGGCUGGAGCCAACAUGACGAGGCUCUUCACACCACAGGGCCUGGGGCUCUCCGAGAAAGCCUCGUAGUUCAGGUACUUGCAACUGACCCUAAGAAGUUUCUCGACAUACGUUACAGCUUCUUCGUGCCUCGCAAAACGCCUCUCCCACCUCGAACAACAUUGGUGUUCUCUGGCACACCUGCAGCGCUGUCCUCGGAUGAAGUCCUAACCAUGACAACAAAGGUUUUGCCUACAACAAAACCUCUGCCAACGACCCCACCCGGGCCACGGUGGGUGACCGGUUCAUGGAUGACCUGUUCCAGGACUUGUGACACGGGCUGGCAAAGCCGUACUGUCCAGUGCAAAGACCCGCAAGGAAAGCUAGCUAAGGGAUGUCCUCUAGGGGACAGACCUUCAGCUUUUAAACACUGUCUGGUUAAAAGGUGCUGAGUGCUCCUGACGAAAAUGUAACUGGGAAGACUUGGGCACAAGUCUGUGUGCUUAUUCUUACGGGUCUGUGUCGAAAGGUCUCAAAAGGAGACAGGCAGGCGAACUGGAGCACAUAGUGUCUUACAAAGCAGAACAGUAUGAAGUUCAAAUGCUCUUUCAUGCCUGAACACUGUCACUGUGGAACUGAAUUUUUUUAGCAUUAUGACCCUGGACAAGGAGUGCCUGCCCUGGCCUUUAAUGCAGUCACUUCAACUGCUGCCUGGAAUGGCCGAAGAGUAAACAGUAUGUAGCCACUCAUCCUAUGCCAACCACAAUCCCUUUUGUCCAGCCAUCCCUCUGUGGGGUUCAGUGCAUUCACCUCAUUAACUACAUCAAAUUUUAACUGGAUUCUUGAGUUCAUCAUAAAGUACUGCUUGUUAAUGGAGUCAGAGUUACUCAUACAUGAUUGAACUGUACUAAACACGACUCCAGCUAUGGACAUACUGGAAACUUUUCGGAAACAAAAGCCUUCUGGAUGUACACCAUAUUCCAGUGCAUUCUCGCUCGCUUAAUGUACGCACCAUCAUGUCUGAACUGAGCAGAGCACUCCAUCGCAUUUACGACAGUGUGAGCUCAUCUGUGUCUUUAUUGCUAAUUCUUUGGUUAAUAGCUGCCAGUGUUUUUAAACAUGUGUUCUGAAUUCCUGCUGAAAAAGGAAUGGACUGGAAAAAAAAAACAAUGUUCUUGAACAUGUGUUAAUUUAACACAUUUUCCAUUAGAAUACGCGUAAACAUUCACAGCAAUAAUGGAGGACGUGUAUGAUGUAUAAAAAAAAAAGCAUGCAUUCAUACUAAACAGACAAAACCUUUUCUUACACUUUUCUUAGACAAGUGAUCUGUGUUAACAAAACACACACAACACAGAAAUACACACUAAAAAUGAUCCUGACGAAUAGCAAAUAAAGCUUAAUAGAAAAAUGUAAAAUCAACAUAAAAAGGACAUAUGGUACAUUUCUUUGAAAUAGUUCAAAUCCUUUUUUUUAUCUUGGCACAUUUCUGCAUUCAGUCAACUGCAGGGAAAUGAACUGAAUACAUAUAGGUGACAAAGACAGAAAGAAGUAAAGGUGUUAGGCCACAUAAAACCCAGCUGAACCGCUUCCAUGCACCAUGACUUUGAUUCUUCCAAUAGAUACAGAUUUAGUGGAACAUAUGAAAUACAACUUUUUGACUUUUGCUUAACCCUAGGCCCUACCAUUAUUCUAACCCCUAAUCCUAAUCCGAACUCAUAUUUGAACCUUACCCCUACCCUAUCCCACAGUCUAAUCCUAAAUCCUAACCCGUAUUGUAAUCCCACCCCAAACCCCUAAUUUUAACGCUAACCCAGAUUUUUAUUCUAACCCUUACCCCUAACAAAAACAAUAUCAAGUACUGAGCAGGGGUCUUCUGUCAAUAAGGCAGACCCGCUGGUGACGCUACUAUCUUUUAUCAUACUAGACUAGUCAUAGUCUUCAUCUUGGUACAGUUAGCUAACAAAGAUAUAAUAAAAACAAUUAUAAAAAAUUACCAAGUAAAAAAAAAGUUGACACGUAUUUCACAUAAUCUAACAAUUUGCUUGGCCAUUUUAAGUCAAACUAAAGUGUUAGCAACAGCUUUUGCAGUUUAAAAAAUAUCUAUAAUACUGAUAAUAAUAACAAUAUUUUAAAUAAUAAAAAAAUGCUUGCCUUGUAACUGGGAGAUGAGGGUUUUAAACCUGAUGGUGCCUUUGUAUUCCUUUAGCCUUCAAUAUUAAGUUUAUUCAAAUUAAUUUACCAAAAAUCGAAGAGAGGUGGAAAAUAUUUAUGUUUAAUGUAUAAUAAAUUUGAGUUUGUCUGACAAUAGCACAGUCGAGUUGGGAGUACUUAAAAAGGCCACUGCAAAUUGUAACAUAUUCAUAUCAAAAACACAAAGUGGAAUUGUUUUAAUAAUGUUUAAAAUUCAGGUCAUGCCAGACACUUGUCCAUUCAUGCUGAACCUCAAUUGCGGCCCUGAGAUUUUAGCUUCUGUUUUUUAUAUAUGCAGUACUGUCUGAUUAUCGUCAUGGAAAAAUGCCUUUGCUGAAUGACAAAAAACACAGCACUGAAAUCAUAAUUUAUUGUGUGUGUAACUGGUAUGUAAAAAUCUUGAUGAAUUUAUUUAUUGUUUUUUUUUUUGUAUUUGACAAGAACAUAAAUAUAUGACUAAGCAGAGAAUUUCCUUUUUAAUACAUUUUGUUGUUUGUUUUCUAGUUUUUUCAGAAUAUGUAUAUAAAAUCUCUAUAUUUAAUUUGUUCUUUCUUGGCUUUCUAAAAUUCCUUGCACAAUCAUAUUCUAUAUAGAAUCACAUUUGUAUGCUGUUGCACAACCAAGAAUAUAUUUUUAAAAAGACAAAACCAGUUAUUUUCUUCUUUCGAAUCAAUGUGGUGUGAUAAAAUCUCAUAACCUGAGUAUUUUCUUACUUUGCUGGUCAAUUCAUUCGGUUUCAUUCCACCCCAUUCAACAACAAAAAGAAGUGUUCUGGAUGUGGACGCCCUUGUUGAACUCAGCCAGCUGGAAUUCAUAACUAUUUAUCUGUCUAUAAUCACAUCCACAUUUCACCCAAUUUAAGCCAGCUGAGACAACUGAAGUACAAUA